AUGAUCAGACGUGUGCGGCUAUUUUUCGAAGAGAUCAAAAAAAUCUUGGGAGAUUCAUGUGAGGGAACUAUAUUUAAUUCGACGGUUGAGCUAACCGCAUGGGCUUGCGGAGUUACCCCCGACACAGUAACGAGGGUAGGAUCCCGACCGGACUUCGUGUAUGAAUUGCUCCCGCGUUCAGAAACGAAGUUCAAACGUUCAAAGGAGGAGUCCCGGCAAAAAAUACUACUGAAGUACGGCGGUAAGUGGGCCGAAGUUGUAAAGUAUUUCAUCGAGAAUAAGCUGCCCAAAGAUGGCAUGACUGCAAGUGUUCUACAUGCUGAGCUAACUCGUGCCUAUGUUGACUUCCAGCUGUCCAGAACCACACUGUACCUGCUCGUACGAGCUUUAGGAUAUAAACUAGUGAGCAGUCGUGGUAGACACAACAUUGUUCUGGAUAAAUGA